GGGAAACACGAAGCUUAAACCUAUCAACAAUUAUUGAUGAUAAUUCGAAAAAUACUCGCUCGAGACUCAAUCGUGAAUCCAACAACGCGGUCCUAACACUCGGGGCGCUUGGAGACCUGGCCCGCGCGUCGGCGAGUGUAAAAAUUAAACUUCGGCAAUUACCCGUCAGCUAUUAGCGACAUAGCUGUUUGAUGUAUGCCAUUAGCAAUGCGCGGGAAUAGACGGAAGAGUUUACCGAGUGCCUAUGUGUGCGCGCGUGUGUACAUCACGUCGGCUCUAUUAAAUCAUAAUGGGUCCACAAUGUGAGCCUCUGCUCCCGGAGGUUGACUAGAAACGAGCUUAGACAACACCGUACCGAAAGCCAAGACCUCGUGCACGUCGCGGAAUAGCUCCCGAUAGGGAUGCCCCGUUUUACCAACGCCGUGAGGUUUACCAGGUAGAACAAGUAGCUUUCGAAGGGUGAUACACAUAUACACACAUGUACACGUAUUUCGACAAUUUUCCCCUUGUCAUGCUAUCGAAAUCCAGACAUUGUAAAAUAACGUACAAUCAUCGACACAAUCAAUAUAAUAUACUGAAUAUUAUUAUAAUACACUUCUGAUCUUAUAUACGUACGUAUAAUGAAAUAAUAACACGUGUAUAGAAAGUGUUUUGUAAUUAGUGACAUCAUUAAAAAUUAGGUAACCGUUGAAGGUAACCAGUGACCCGGAAAUGCCUCGAGAAUGAACUUUUGAGCGAAGCUUGAGUUCAGUGUUGUGGCAAUUAAUUUAUUAAUAACUCACAGGUAAUGAUUAUAAGAGGUGCUCGGAAAUUAAGCCGCCAGGCCGCAGUAGCAGCAGCAGAUCGAGUCAACCGUAGCGGGAGGAGUGCGAGUCCCUACUUCUUUUUCGGACAUCAUUCUCACAGGUGUAGGGUUAUCGGAUAGACCAAGAUAGAUCGAGCCGACGACAUUCGUGGACGACGAGGACGGCUAGUUCUUCAGACGUGGGAGGAGGGAUCGAAAGAAUCCCCGCGACCGGUCUAGGGGGGAAAAGAAGAGAGAGAUAACCAUAAGGAAAAAGAGAGAGCUACAUGGUGGAGGGGAAUGGUGGAAUGAGCUGAUUGCGAGAGACAGAAUUUACCCGCUUGAUAACGACACGGUGGACACAGUAGAUUCCCUGGUGUAGGUGUUGCCCGGGCCGAGACCAGGUCGAAACAUGGAGAACACGUGACCGCGUAAUAAAGUGACGGGACACGAGGGACACAGUGCGAGAGGAAGAAAGAGUAGAUUCCGCGAGUGAAGCCGCGGGGGCGAGUCCGGACCGAACGAAAAAGCGAUGCCAAGAGCCGCGAGGACGAUCAAGUCACAUCGGUACCGUGCGACCCGCGAUUGAGGUCACUGAAUUCGCUCGAAGCCACUAGUGUUAGGCGCUUGUCAGUUGCCGGGCAGUCGCGACGAUUAGGCCGAGGCGAAGAUGAAGAACAACUCGAGCAACUCGAAUCACGAGAAGAACGGGCCGGAGAACCUGAAGCUGUUACAGGUGCCGACGACACCGCCCGCGACACCGUCGUCACCCACGACGCCGACGAGAGGCAUCGACGAUGUCUUCAAGGAGCUGCCGAUCACCGACGACACCUCGUGCGGCAUAUGGUGCCUCAAGGGCCCGAAUCUGCAGAAGUUCGCCAACAAGAAGGCAUACGUGUUUCUCUACGGUGUGCUCGGCUGCAUAUUUUCCGCAAGUUAUGCCUAUUUCAACGGCACCAUCACUACCAUCGAGAAGAGAUUUAAAAUACCCUCGAAAACGACGGGCCUCAUCACAGUGGGUAACGACAUCUCGCAGCUUUUCAUAUCCGUCGCCCUGUCAUAUUACGCGGGAAAGGGUCACAGGCCUCGAUGGAUCGCAUUCGGUAUUUACACCGUAGUACUUUUCUGUUGUCUUACGAUGCUGCCGCACUUUCUCUACGGACCCGGCGAGGACGCUUUGUCCCUGACCAAGGAGUACGGAGGGCAAUCGCAAAGUACGCUAAAUUCAAGCGUGAUUCCUGACAAACAUCGGAAAGUUCUCUGUUUGGGCAAAGAGAAUCGCGGGAUGGAUUGCGAGACCGAAGAUGGAAACCUCGCGCCGCAGGUGCUGCUCUUCAUAGCCCAACUGGUGUCCGGGGUGGGUGGUUCUCUUUAUUAUACCCUCGGCGUGUCAUACAUGGACGACAACAUACAAAAGUCGAAAACGCCGGCGCUGAUCAGUUUCUCGUACUUUCUGCGAAUGCUGGGACCCGCCAUUGGCUACGGACUGGCCUCGUUCUCCCUGAAGUUCUACAUCAGUCCGACUUUAACUCCCACUAUCACGAUGCAAGACCCGAGGUGGUUAGGCGCUUGGUGGCUAGGAUGGAUUAUUUUGGCAAUUCUCCUCUUCAUCUUCGCAAGCGUGAUCGCUCUCUUCCCGAAGACGCUGCCGAGAGCGGCGGCUCGCAAAGUCCUGGCCCUGGAACGCAACAAAUCGGCCGCCAGCAUCAAAGAGCAAGAGUCGGAGCUACCGGCGUCGAUCUCGGACAUGCUGAGAACGUUUAAGCGGCUGCUGACGAAUACGACGUUGAUGUGCAACAAUCUGGCGACGGUCUUCUACUUCAUGGGCUACAUGCCCUACUGGAUCUUCAUGCCGAAGUACAUUGAGACCCAGUACAAGCAAUCGGCGUCCGUCUCGUCGUUGAUCACCGGCACGGUCGGCUUGGUGUUCAGCGCCUUCGGGAUUCUACUGUCCGGCCUGAUCAUCUCCAAGUACAAGCCGAAGGCUAGAUACCUGGCGGCGUGGAACGUCAUGAUUGGCAUAAUAUCGAUAUUGGGAAUGAUCUCUUACGCCUUUCUCGGCUGCUCGGCGAACGACAACCAGAUCGCUAUUCAGCCGAACGGCGUACUGAAAACGCAUCUACCCUGCAACGAGCAUUGCCACUGCGACUACGUCACCUACAAUCCCGUGUGCUCCGAACACGGACAAACGUUUAUAUCCGCGUGUCACGCCGGCUGCCGCGGCAUGAAGCUUUACAGUAACGGCAGCGAAGUGUACACGGAUUGCAGCUGUGUCAAACCGAAAUUGGCUCGUUCCCUGGCGCAUCCGUUCGCCAACAUUACAUCCUUCCCAUUCUCUACCGAAGUCCCACUGGAGACGACCGAGCCCACCGUGGAAGCUUUGGGAACGGCUAUUCCGGGUUCGUGUCCGGUCGACUGUAUGCAGAAGUUCUACAUCUUUCUGGCGGUGGUGUGCCUUUUGAAGUUUAGCGGCGCAACCGGUAGAGCGUCGAAUUUCCUCGUUUCCGUGAGAUGCGUCGACGAGAAGGACAAGACCGUUGCCAUGGGCUUCGGAUUGAUGAUAAUGAGCCUCUUCGCCUUCAUACCGUCGCCCAUUUUGUUCGGAUUUAUAUUAGACAAGACCUGUCUCGUAUGGGGUAAAACUUGCUCAGGGACGGGAAAUUGUUGGCUAUAUAACGGCGAGGCAUUGAGGUAUUUGCUGAACUUCACCGCGGCCAGUUUCGUAACGAUCGGUACGCUGUUCGACGUGGGCGUUUGGUAUUUCGUCAAAGACGUGAAGAUCUUCGACGAGGAGAUCGAACUGGAAGACAUAGCCGAGGAACCCGGUGAGACGCUUUAAAAGAAUAAUUGAUGAUCAAGUUCAAUCAACCCUUUCGGCGUAUGCCGUUAUUAUACGCGCGCGCGAGAAGAGACUUCGAACGAAGAUCUUCGAGUAGGAGCGAACGACGAACGACGAAGCGAGCGAGAACCGACAAAUAAAGACUUUACAAGUACCUUAAGCACCUCUUUAGCUAUUUAAAGCUCGUAGUAACCUAUAGAUAGAACCGACUGUUGAUAGAUCACCCAUGAUGUUCGCGAGAGAAGAGCGAACCGCCGAUCUUUUUGUUAAUUUUAAUUUACUGCGAUUAAUGAUUUUUAACGGAUGAAUUCAUAAUUUGUUAUACGUGUACGGAUACUUGCUUUAUCUCGGACUCAUAUUUGGACGGAAAAUAACGGGUGCCAAAUUAAUAUAUAAGGUAUAUAUAUAUAUAUAUAUAUAUAUUCCGGACACAUUGCUUACACUGUCGAUAGUGAAAACAAUGAUUUAUGCUAGCGUGAAUUAUCUAUAAAGUUAAAUAAUUGUACAUAUAAUAAUUAUACUCUUUAAAUUAGUAAAAAAGGAACACGUAAUUUAUCUGUUCAUGAAAUACAAUGUAUCUGCUGUUA